UAAGCUGCUGCAAAGCUCUUUAAGUCCCUCAGUUUUAUCUCUGACUCACGGCAAAGAUGAACUACGGAGACCGCUACACCUCGUCAUCCUACCGGAAGAUUUUCGGGGAUUCUCCCAGGUUCCCCGACUCCUCCACUCGCAUUAGCGGCACCUCCUCUCGGUUCUCCUCGGGGUUCAGGUCCAUGGCUGCGUCCCGCAACAGCGCGUCCUCCCUCAGCUUGUACAGACGGACCGGACGGUCCUCCACCUCCUUCUCUCCGGUGCCGACCGACUCCCUGGACCUGACCCAGACCUCCGUUGUCAAUAAUGAAUUCAAAGUCAUCAGAACUAACGAGAAGGAGCAGCUGCAGGGUCUGAACGACCGCUUCGCCAUGUUCAUCGACAAAGUGCGGAACCUGGAGCAGCAGAACAAAGUGUUGGAGUCGGAGCUGGUGACCCUGAGGCAGAAGCAAAGCGAGCCGUCCCGCAUCACUCACCUCUACCAGCAGGAGAUGAGGGACCUGCGGUCACAGCUGGACGAGCUGAGCAGGGACAAGAAUCGCAUUCUGAUCGAGAGGAACAACAUGGAGGACGAGCUGCAGAAGCUCAGUGUGAAGUAUGAGGAGGAGUCGAGGGCAAGGGAGGAAGCUGAACAGACUUUGAAGUCUUUCAGGAAGGACGUGGACGACGCCGCAGCUGUCCGCCUGGACCUUGAGCGCCGGUUGGAGUCGCUGAUGGAUGAAAUCUCCUUCCUGAAGAAGGUCCACGACGAGGAGAUGCAGGAGCUGAGCAGCUUGAUGGAAGCACAGCAGGUCUCCGUGGAGGUUGAGCUUGCCAAACCGGACCUCACCUCAGCUCUGAAGGAGAUCCGCAACCAGUAUGAGUCCAUCGCCUCCAAAAACCUGCAGUCGGCCGAGGAGUGGUACAAGGGCAAGUUUGCCAGCCUCAGCGAGCAGGCAACCAGGAGCAAUGAGGCCAUGAGGGCCAGCAGGGAGGAGAUCAAUGAGUUCAGGAGGCAGCUGCAGUCCAAGACCAUCGAGAUGGAGACUCUGAGGGGCACCAACGAGUCUCUGGAGAGGCAGAUCACAGAGAUGGAGGAUGCACACAACACUGAAGUCACAGCACUGCAGGACACUAUUGGCCACCUGGAUACUGAGCUGAGGAACAUGAAGGGUGAGAUGGCCCAGCACCUGAGAGAGUACCAGGACCUGCUCAACGUCAAGAUGGCCCUGGACAUAGAGAUCGCUGCCUACAGGAAACUGCUGGAGGGGGAGGAGACUCACUUUAAUUCAGGGAUGUCUUUCAGUGCUGCCAGCUACAGCUUCCAACCCCGAGCCUCAGCCAGCUCCUCCAGGAGCAGCCAGAGGGAGAAAGACGGAGCCAAGAAGGAGAGCUUCAAGGAGAUGAGUGAGGAUAAAGAUGAGGCGGACAUCAACUCCAACAACUGAAGACAUACACACAGGGCUAUCUGGAAAGAGAUAUACUGCACAUGUAGUGAGUUCAUAGUAAGGUACUGUAUUUGUUAAGGACAAUAAUACAAGUGUUUUGCAAUUAGAGCUGAAAGUCAGUAUUUUGGUGAUAAUAUCUGGUAGUACAUAAUUUGACAUUUUUCCUUGGGAACAGGUCUCAGUAUUAAGAUGGUUUUUGGACUCUAUUGAAAUAAAAAGAGGGUUGUCGCUACUAUAAAGUUGUAAAACUUCAACAUUAAACAAAAUUAGCCAACCUGGAAAUCUAUAUCAAGUGUACUGUACAGUAACAGAUAUGUGACUAAGCACUGUUCCUGGAUGAAUUUCCAUCUGUGUAAAAUUGCACUGAAACCUGUGUUCCAGGUGAGAAAAAAAAGAGAGAUUGCCCACACAGACUUUCAUAAGAGAAAGACACAAAUGUUAGUGUAGUGCCACGUGUCUGUUGUUGUCAAUGAACGUUGAGUUUAAAACACUUUGGGCACAUAGUGUAUGUGGAUGAUGUCAGUGUCUGCUGGCUUUUUGGUUGCACUGUUGCAGACAUUAUGAAGUGUAGAUUACCCCACUAACAUGAUCAGUGUUGCAGUACAGUAUUCUGUACUGGAAAACCUUAUAGUGACAGAAAGAAUAGCUAGCAUGGAUUAUUACAAUGUGCUUCAGUAUUGAAAAUAUUCAACGCAUCAAACAGUACAUGUAGUCCAACUGUCCAAUGUGUACACCUACUGGAAAUUUCAAUUGCGCUGAAUAAUGCAUUGAAUAAA